GAACCGAGACUCUUCAGAGGAACUUCAAGCGGGUCCAUUGCUCCUCUCUCUCUCUCUCCCUCUCUCACUUUCUCCUCUUCACCUUUUCUCUCUCUCCCUCUUUGGACUGUCCCCCCCACCCCUGCCUCUUCCUCUCGGUGGCUGGCCAGGCUCCUCUCCUGUGUGUCCUGCUCUUCACCUGGCCUCCAUGAGUUUAACUGGGGACAAGCCAUUCCUCCCUGGAAGAUGGGAAAUGAUUCGGACGCAUCUGCUGUGUUUGCCUCCACCAUCUCCAAGGAGUACGACAUUCUCAUGGGUUCCCUCUACAGCGUGUUCUGCGUACUGUCCCUCAUAGGCAACUGCAUUCUCCUACUUGUUGCUUAUCACAAGCGCUCAACCUUGAAACCGGCAGAGUUCUUCAUCAUCAAUCUUUCCAUAAGCGACCUCGGAAUGACGCUCAGUUUAUUUCCACUGGCCAUACCGUCGGCAUUUGUACACAGGUGGCUGUUUGGGGAAACCACCUGCCAGCUCUAUGCUAUGUGUGGAGUUCUCUUUGGUCUGUGCAGCCUGACAAACCUCACUGCCCUCUCUUUAGUGUGCUGCCUUAAAGUCUGUCUUCCCAGCCGUGGUAACAAGUUCUCCCCGUCGCACGCCCGUCUCCUGCUGGCUGGGGUCUGGUUCUAUGCCUCGGUGUUUGCCGUGGGGCCGCUGGCUCGGUGGGGGCGUUACGGCCCCGAGCCCUACGGCACGGCCUGCUGCAUCGACUGGCACGCGCCAAACCACGAGCUCCUGGCGUUGUCUUACAUCGUCUGCCUUUUUGUGUUCUGCUAUUCGCUGCCCUGCACCAUCAUCUUCCUCUCCUACACCUUCAUCCUGCUGACGGUGAGGGGGUCCCGCCAGGCCGUCCAGCAGCACGUGUCACCGCAGACCAAGACCACCAACGCCCACGUCCUGAUCGUCAAGUUAUCAGUGGCAGUAUGCAUCGGGUUCCUUGGCGCCUGGACCCCGUAUGCUGUGGUGGCCAUGUGGGCUGCGUUCGGAGACGCCACGGAGGUUCCACCGACCGCAUUCGCGUUGGCCGCCAUGUUUGCCAAGUCCUCCACCAUCUACAACCCAAUGGUCUACCUGCUGUGCAAGCCCAACUUCCGCGAGUGUCUGUACAGAGACUCGUCCAUGCUGCGGCAGAUGAUCUACCGGGGAAGCCCCCAGCUGGAGCCCAAAGACCGCUUCGGAUCCACCUCGCAGCGCAACAAAGACACCAGUGUCUCCACGCGCUUCUCAAACGGACAGCAGGAGAGCUACGGGGCCUGUCUGCACUGCACCGAGAGCGCGGCACUGUGUCAUGUGACGCCCCCCCAGAGGACUGCCUGCAUCCUGACCGGGUCCACCUACACAGAGGUGACAGUCAGCCGCCUUUCAGCCGAACCACAGGCUAACUUCCUCUAGUGGCGCGGCCACCGCUAUUCGCGAAACUAACUAAAUGGGACACAUUUUUUAAAAAAGACAGAAAUAGUACAAGUUGUACUUUCAACAAGAUGUCACCGCACGGUAACAGCAGACUUACGAGGACCGAGGACUGCGUCUCUACUGAAAAAACGGAAAGACUUCUUCUUGGGAAACGCUUGGGAUUCCUAUAAUCUGCACUCUGCCGACUUCAUCUGAGAAAAUGUGCCAGAGAAAUUCAUACUUGUAACGUCUGGAAGGAUGUGUCGGCUUGUUUCCCGUUUAAUUUCAAUGCACUGGCAUUUAACUGAAUUCUCAGAGAGCAGAA